GACCAUGUUCCUGAGCUCCUUUGGCACCACGCGUUCACGAAUCCCACGUCCGCCGUCCGAGAAGCGCUCGGUGUUCCGGAACCCAUCAUAAGAAGUCGCUCGCUUUAUAUUCUUGUAUUCCGCAAGCUCCACCGCAUCACGGAGCUUCACGGCAGGGAUCUUUUCGACGUCUGGCGUCAGUGUAUCUUAUGCCACCUCACAUUGUGGAAGGAAGGUGUUCAUCAUCGAGAUAUCAGCCUUGGAAACUUGAUGUAGUACAGGAAAAACGGUAGACUGAUCGGUGUCUUAAACGACUACGAUCUAUCCUCAUUAGCGAAUGUAGUGGGUCCUCAGGGAAACGAAUGUACGGGCACGGUACCGUUCAUGGCGCUCGAGCUUCUCACCAAAAAUGGUCAACAAGGCAAAGUGAAACACCUAUAUCGCCACGAUCUAGAAUCGUUUAUGUGGGUUUUCGUCUGGAUUCGCUUGCGUUAUAGGCAGGGAGUCCUUCUACCGCGUAGAUUGCGCCCUCUCGACGAGUGGGCGACUUUAGACGCUAUUGCAUGUGUCAAGAAGAAGUCAGUCUUUCUAGUGAAUCCUUUCGAUGAUCUAUCCCCGGACCUUCAAACUUCUCAAUUGGACAUAGAUUGGCCUUUAUGGGCUCUCUUUGUGGAAUUUUUCAGGUCGUCCAGGCAAGCUUACUUCAAUCGCGUUGAUCACAUGUACUGUAUUCUCCUUGCUCAGCUGAGAUCGAGGGAAGGAGCAUACGAGCAGAUAAAUGCCGAGGAAACAAUAUCGGAUAUGGAUGAUUUACUAGGCAAAUUCACAGGUACCAUGGCGUGGGUUGAACUCAGCAACGCUUUACCUCUAUAG